UAUACUUUUAAUAAAUUUAGAAACCCUUUUUGGAAAAUAUUGGAUAUGAUAAAAUUGCCAGUGUUGAAGCGAGAUCCAAAAAAAGCAGAAGAUCUUUGCAAAUGUAGACCAGUCUGCAAGAGCCGCAGACGAGAAUGGAAAGGUCGAAUACAGAACACUUCCGCUGAGAUCCUCCUCGAGAGGAAACCAUUGCCAGAGUGCUUUAGAAGAUGCCCAACGAAAAUAUACCCAAACAGCCCGUGUCCUCUAUUCGGCCGCUCUUGUCGAAUGGUCGAUGGUAGAAAUACCACCACCCCGCACGUGGUUCGAGUUUGCCAAGCUCCCGUCGAUAAUAUGGUUGACACACCAUACUUGAAAUAUGCCAAUAUGGCGAAGAAACUUGGAGCAUGGGAUGCUGUACGAGCUUGCUGCGCCUUCUGUACCUGCGGCCAGUGCUGCCCCUGCGGCAUCAGUGAGUAUGUACCGCACGACGCGGAGAGAGCGUCCCGACGGCGGACUGACAUGCGCCACUUCGAUGCUCGCGUCAAAACUGACUGUCACAAAAUGAGGAUUAUGUAUGACUAGUUGGUACCCGCGUCAUCG